CGCAAGGGUGGUGUACGCACAAACGAAAACCCCCGCGAUUAAGCGACACUACCACCCGAGCUGCUCCGCAUUAAAAAAAGGGACACAUGAGAGAGAGAGCGCGAGCAGAGAGAGAUAUGGCGGUGGCGGGGAGGAGGUCCCUUAGCAUUCUUACGGCACAUUUUUUUGUUCUCUGCCUGUAACAUUUUUAUGUGUCACGUGAUCGGAGAUUGGGGUCUCUGCGGAGGACUGCAUAAUCGUCCGUCUUGGGGUUUGCUGAUAUCAUGGACUUCGCUUUCCCCGACUGCAACGUCUCCGAUCUGCUAGCCAGUCGGAAUAUCGACCCUGGACAGGAUGUAACACGCAAAUUGCAGAUUCACUCUUCUCUCGUGCGAAGGCUGUCCCUGGAACAAGAACUAGAGGGUCAUCAAGGUUGUGUGAAUGCGUUGGCCUGGAACUCAAAUGGCUCACUUCUGAUAUCUGGCUCAGAUGAUGCACGGGUAAAUAUUUGGAGCUAUGCAAGUAAGUCUCUUGUAUGCAGUAUUGGGACAGGUCACUCAGCAAACAUAUUCUGCACAAAAUUUGUUCCAGCAACGUGUGAUGAACUUGUUGUGUCUGGAGCUGGAGAUGCGGAGGUUCGUCUGUUUCGUGUGUCUCGCUUAAGUGGAAGCAGUCUAAACACUUGUGAACCGUCAGCACUAUUUCGUUGUCACUCAAGGAGGGUGAAAAAGUUAGCUGUUGAAGAUGGAAACCCUAAUGUAGUGUGGAGUGCCAGUGAAGACGGCACAUUGAGACAGCAUGAUUUUCGAGAAGGUGUUUCUUGUCCACCAGCUGGAUCUUCUCAUCAGGAAUGCCGUAAUAUUCUGCUUGACCUUCGUUCAGGUGCAAAACGCUCUCUGGCUGACAACCCUAGACACUGCCUAGGUUUAAAGUCUUGUGAUAUUAGUCCCACUCGACCACAUCAACUUCUCAUUGGUGGAAGUGAUGCAUUUGGUCGUCUUUACGACAGGAGGAUGCUUCCACCAUUGAGUUCUUCUGAAAAGCGGCUGAAACCACCUCCUUGUGUGAAUUAUUUCUGUCCUGUUCAUCUUUCUGAUCAUGGGCGGCCAAGUUUGCAUCUCACUCAUGUUACUUUUAGUCCAAAUGGAGAAGAAGUACUUCUUAGCUACAGUGGUGAACACGUUUACCUAAUGGAUGUAAACCCUGGUGGUGACUGCGACAUGAGAUAUAGAGCUACAGAUGUUUCAAAGCAGAUGAUAUUCGAUUCAGUCUCCAAUGUGGAUAAAGCACAUAUCCCUGCAGCGCAAACCAUGCCUUGUGAGACCAAGAAGAGUUGGGAGACUUCUAGUAUGGCUCAUAAAUGCGACAAAUUACUUCAAUAUGCUAGAAAAUGCUUGGAGGAGGAGUCUGAUUAUCUUUAUGCAAUUGAAGCAUGUUCAGAAGUAUUGGAUGGUAAAGGCUAUUAUGUAGAAGAUGCUCUGAGGCAUGAGUUUUUGUGUACUCGAGCAGCAUUGCUUCUCAAGAGGCAGUGGAAGAACGAUGUUCAUAUGGCCAUAAGGGAUUGCAAGAAGGCGUGGGCUAUUAAUACUUCAUCAUUGAACGCGCACUGCCAUAUGGCUGAAGCUCUUUCUCAGCUAGGAAAAUAUAAAGAUGCUCUGGAGUAUGCAACAGUUGCUCAAUCACUGGCUCCGUCAAAUGCUAAAGUGAACAAACUAGUUGGCAUCUUAAGAGAAAAUAUUUCUGCAGCUGAAUCUGAAAAAAGUAGCAAGGAGUUGGAUGAAAAGAAGCCGGAGGAGCGAAGAGCUAGAUCCUUAAGUGAAUUGCUUUAUCGGUCAGAAGUUGAGACUAGUGACACAUCACAAGAUGCGCCAAGUUUUGAGAGAGAAGAUUCUGAUUAUGAUGAUGAAAUGGAAUUGGAUUUUGAGACAUCCAUAUCAGGUGAUGAAGGUCGUGACAUUGAAUCAGGCAUUCUGCGUGGAAGCUUAAACCUAAGAUUUCAUCGAAGAGGUGAUUCAGAAAAAUAUAAUAAUUUGACAAAUGGUUCAUGUGGAUCAUCAUCAUCUCAAAAUGAAAGCAGAUUUCAGCCAGAAGACGUGAUUGAUAUGAAACAGAGAUAUGUUGGCCAUUGCAAUGUUGGAACAGAUAUAAAACAGGCCAGCUUUCUUGGUUGCAAAGGUGAAUAUGUGGCUAGUGGGAGUGAUGAUGGAAGAUGGUUUAUUUGGGAAAAAAGGACAGGGCGACUUAUAAAAAUGCUGGCUGGUGAUGAAAAUGUUGUUAAUUGUGUUCAAUGCCAUCCAUUUGAUUGUGCUAUUGCAACUAGUGGAAUUGACAACACAAUCAAAUUGUGGACACCUCGUGCUCAGAUGCCGUCAGUGGUGGCAGGGGGAACAGCUGGUCCUGAAACUGCUGAUGUAUCAAGUGCUAUGGAAAGCAAUCAGCACAAAAUGUCUCGCAGUCGUGAACCUAUCUCGCCUUUUGAAAUUCUGGAGCGGUUCAGGAUGCAUGAUUUUACUGAAGGGACUAUACAUCCUUUUGAGUGUUCACAGAGCUAGGGUGGAUGCAUUGUUGCAGCUUUGCAUGUUGUUGGCAAUGAUUUUGUCUCAGUGGUUCGUGGAUCCUGCAUAUUCGCAACAAUCCACAUAAUUCACAAUCUUUUGUUGCCGCGUAAGAGAAACUGCAGCUGCUGUCUAUUCAAUCUCAUGGAGGAUCGAGCAAAUUGCAAAUACAAUGGACAAGGUGGUCCAUAACUCCUCCAGUUUCUGCUGAACAUCAUUUCUGGGUUUCAUGUCGGUCGAGGCGGACGUUAGGAACUUGUCACCGGAUCCUUGUGCAUAAUUUCACAUUUGUCUAUAAAAAUCAAUAAGCGGUCUCAAGUAUGUUCUAUUUAUCUUAUACGAAGUUAAAGUGUGUAACUUUUUGUAGUUUCAAUGUAUACACCCAAUGUGCAGGCAAACCUUUAUCUC